AUGCCUGGAACCGUUGCUCCAUCUACACCCGCCGCCUCCAACGGCUCAUCCAAGAUGGCCAAUCCCUCGUCGUCGUCUUCUUGGAAAGACAUCGCUGCGGCCAAGGUGCAAUCGCGCCUCGCGAGCAUUCCCUCUGACUGGCACCUCCCCGCCUCGACCCUCUCCGCCAUCUCCUCGACUAGCGGCACGGACGUGCGCACCAUCCCCAUCACCUGCGACAUCCUCACCGACCUGGAGCUCGAGAUCACCACCACGCCCGUCUCGACCAUCCUCGCCAACCUGCAGUCGCGCACGUGGACGUCCGAAGCCGUCACCACUGCCUUCUGCAAGCGCGCGGCCAUCGCGCAUCAGCUCACCAACUGUCUCACCGAGAUCUUCUUCACCGAGGCCAUCGCGCGCGCGCGCGAGCUCGACGCCCACUUCGCCACCACCGGCAAGCCUCUCGGUCCCCUCGCUGGCCUGCCCAUCAGUCUCAAGGACAACUUCAACCUCGACGGCGUCGAUUCCAACCUCGGCUUCGUCGCAUGGAUCAACGAUCCCUCCAACCACGACUCGACGCUGGUCACGCUGUUGCGGGAGCAGGGCGCGGUGCUGUACUGCAAGACCGCGACGCCGACGGCGAUGAUGAUCGCGGAGACGGUGUCGAAUGCCAAUGGAAGGACGCUUCAUCCUGCCAACACGCGAUUGACGCCGGGUGGCAGUUCGGGCGGCGAAUCAGCCCUGCUGGCGAUGCGCGGUAGCCCGCUCGGUGUAGGCACGGAUAUCGGCGGCAGCAUUCGCAUCCCUUGCUCCUUCGCCGGGCUGUGGGGUCUCAAGCCCUCCUUCGGUCGCUUCCCCACUGCCAAAUGCAAGAGCGGACUGGCGGGUCAGGAGGCGGUGCUGUCGAUCAACGGUCCCAUGUGCAACGAUUUUGAGGGCCUCGAGAUGUACGCCAAGGCGGUGGUGGACACGGAGCCGUGGCAUGCGGAUGCCAAGUGUCUACCUAUCCCCUGGACGCCCGUUUCCACCGUCCAGCUACCAACCUCGCUCACGCUGCUCAUGCUCACCAACAACGGCAUCGUAAGCCCGACUCCACCCGUCCAGCGCGCGAUGCAGCAUGCGAUCGCCAAGCUCCGAGCGGCGGGCCACAACGUCAUCGAAUGGGAUGCGUCUGCCAACUCGACCGAUGCUGAGCUCUUCCUCCGCGGUCAGGGGCAUAUCGAGUCCUUCUUCCGCGCCGAAGGUGGCGCCACGGUGCACUCGAUCAUGGAGAGCUCCGGUGAGCAUGCCGAUUGGGUCCCUGGCCUGGCCCCGACCGACGCCGGGUGGAACUGCACCGUCAAAGACCUCUGGACGUUGCAAGCCAAGCGCACGGGGUGGCAGGCCGAACUGCUGCUGCGCAUCCAGCAACUCGCCGGCGGUCGGGAGUUCGACGGCAUCGUCACACCCGUCGCUGCAGAGGUGAGCACAACGCACGAUGCCUACCAUCACAUCUUCUAUACGGGCGCUUGGAACCUUAUGGAUAUGCCUGCUGUCGUUGUGCCGUUGGAAGGAGUUACCGUGGACAAGGAGCUGGAUGCGGUCAAGGGCGACUUCAAGGCGAAGAGCGAGAACGAAGGCAAGGUGUGGAGUCAGUACAAGGUCGAUGAGGUGCACGGGCUGCCGGUGUGCCUGCAGGUGGUCGGCCAGAGGCUCAGGGAGGAACGCACGCUGGCCGUCGCAAAGAAGGUGCACGAUGACUGCGCUUAG